AUGUGCCAGCGGCACUUCGACACACCCUCUAACCUUAUCCAUCAUGAGUUAACGCAUCGUACGCCAGUCUACGACUGUCUCGCUUGCCCACGCACGUUCACUACCUACAGCGGAAUGAUCAUCCAUCUUGAAUCUGGUGCUUGUUCUUCUCGUAUUGAUGCAUACGACUUGGCGGUAACGACUGCGAUAUGCUUCCAAGGUGCCAAAUUCUUCAUCUACAAAUCCGAUCAAGAGGCCAUCAAACAGGGUAUCGACAUGCUCCGAGAGCUUCGCGAGCAAGGUCGUAGCACGCUCAUCUUUCGUUGUCCUACUUGCGACCAUAAAUUUCCGAAAUUAUCGAGCAUGUUCAUGCACGUUGAGUCGCCUGCUUGUCCCCAAGAAUUGGGCGAAGGGGCAGUUGGCAAGCUGCAAACGUGGCUAUUCAAAUCUCAUUUCCAAAAUUGA